UCUCUGAACUGGUGGAAGCGCCGGGGGCGGGCCUUCUCGCUUGUUACCCCCGGCCGGCGGAAGUGCAGGGUCGGAAGUUGCGCGAUCGACCCGCGACGACUCUGUGCGCCGCGCGCAGCCUGUGCGGAGGUGCUCGGUGCUGUUAUGGCUUCUAGUGGGGUGACGGUGAGCGCCUCCGGCUCGGCCAACGAGGCCCCCGAGGUUCCAGACAACGUAGGAGACUGGCUCCGCGGCGUCUACCGCUUCGCCACCGAUCGGAACGACUUCCGGAGGAACUUGAUCCUCAAUUUGGGACUCUUUGCCGCUGGAGUUUGGCUGGCCAGGAACUUGAGUGACAUUGAUUUGAUGGCACCUCAGCCAGGGGUAUAGCCAAAUAAUGGAAUUCCUGUGUACUCAAACUUCCCAAAGACAGCCUACUGUCUAGGAGCACAAGAUACUACCCUGGUGGCAGCUGAAGUUGACACCCUCUCCGUGUCUGAACCUCACCCCAUCCCUCUACCCCAGGGCAGCCCCCAGCUUCAGCUGAGAUGUUGCUUCUGCACAGUUCUGUGUGCAGUUCCCAAGUUUCUGCAGAGGGUGAUCUUUGCCCUUGUCCUAAGGAGUAGUGAUGGUUCUUGAAAAAAAUAUUUCAAAUAAAGCCUGCACACAAAGAGA